AUGAAGAUCAAGCAAACAACCCAAUUGAACCCUUAUGAUAGCAUGUUCCCGCAGACCUCGUCUCCAGUUCUGGCUUUCAGCGAAACCAUUCGCGUGAAUCAUUCCGACGCCCAGUCCUGUUCGGAUAUCUCGGGCCUCUGCAUCCUCCACCUCGACCCCGAUGAUGAGGUGCGAACUGCCGUGGAGCCCAGAAUCGUCCAUGGUCCUGAAACCUUCGAUCCUGCGCACCGGCAAACCUCACUUGCACUUCGGAGAAAGGUUCAGCUCUAUGACAACCGGCCUAAGCGGAGUCUCAUGUUGGUUGUUACCGGAGGAAGCUACGGAAGUCUUGGCCAGACAAAUCUUAGCAUGAUGUUAUCGAUGACGGGACGCCGUGCCCCAAUCAUGGUGGUUAGAGUUGCUUGCUUGCGGUGUGCAAAAUGGACAGAGCUCACUUCGACAGAUGAAGCAAAAACAGCCUGCAUGUAUCAAAUAGGGUUUAACCUGUUCUAUUGCCUCAAAUGUGCGGUUACGACAGGACACCCUACUGUCGAACGGACGGAAGUUGCGACUCUGCAGUCUGGGGCCGAGCUCGAGAAGAGCAAGCAACACCAAGAAUCUGUCUCCUGCCCAUACAGGUCUCUCACGGUCAAGGCCCAGAAAUCCAUCAAUUUCUGUACGAAGCCCUCUCUCGAUCAAAUGUCAUCUGAUGACAUUCCCAGCGCAAGAGCAUCCUUCAAAAAGCCACAGAAAAUCUUGGGCAUCGUCAGACCACUAGGGCGCGGGCUUGCCCCUCCUCUUCAGAUUAUUCAAGGAAUCGGUGCCGACGAUAAAGCUCAGUUAGGAUGCCCAAGAGAACUGGAUAAAUUUAAAAUGGCCAAGGCUGCGUCCGACGAGUUGCAAAGUGUUCUAGCUGCCAGGGAUCGGCGUCACGGCGGCUGA